UAUUUUUUAUGAUAUCUUCAUUCUUCAACGCCUUAUUGAGACAGAGGAGAAACCCAAGUGUCGAAAGGCGCAAAGCUUCAUCGCCACUCCACAAUGGCACUUCUCCGCGUGGCUCUCGCUCGAUGCCACCUGCCUGCUUCUUCUUGCUUGCUCCCUCGCUUCACCCGUUGCCAGAUGGGUACCGUAACACAACAACCCGCUGUUUCAGUCAAUCGCCUGAGGGAGUCCGGGCUACUGAAGACGCAAGGUCUCAUCGGAGGGAAGUGGGUCGACGCUUACGAUGGAAAGACUAUCAAGGUGGAAAACCCUGCUACUGGUGAACUUAUUGCAAAUGUUCCAUUCAUGGGCAAAAAGGAAGCUGGAGAUGCAAUCUCGUCAGCUUACAGUACUUUCAAUUCUUGGAGCAAACUCAGCGCAAGUGAAAGGAGCAAGUGUCUUAGAAAAUGGUAUGAUCUAUUACUUGCCCACAAGGAUGACCUUGCGUUGCUUAUAACAUUGGAGCAAGGAAAGCCUCUGAAGGAGGCACUGGGUGAGGUUGCAUAUGGAGCCAGCUUCAUUGAGUUUUUUGCUGAAGAGGCAAAACGAACAUAUGGUGAUGUCAUCCCACCUACACAAAAUGAUCGCCGAUUACUUGUAUUAAAACAGCCUGUUGGGGUGGUUGGAGCAAUUACUCCUUGGAACUUUCCGCUGGCCAUGAUUGCACGGAAGGCUGGGCCUGCCUUGGCUUCUGGUUGCACAAUAGUUGUUAAACCAUCAGAGUAUACUCCUUUGACCGCAUUGGCUGCAGCUGAACUUGCGCUUCAAGCUGGAAUACCACCUGGUGCACUAAAUGUGGUUCUGGGAAAUUCUUCUGAAAUUGGCGAUGCUCUAUUGGAAAGCACGCAGGUGAGGAAGCUCACGUUCACUGGUUCAACAGCUGUUGGGAAGAAGCUAAUGGCAGGCUCAGCGAAUACUGUUAAAAAGGUGUCAUUGGAGCUUGGCGGGAAUGCCCCUUGCAUUGUUUUUGAUGACGCAGAAAUAGAUGUGGCAGUAAAAGGAAGUCUUGCAGCAAAGUUCCGCAACAGUGGACAAACAUGUGUUUGUGCAAACAGGAUUUUGGUCCAAGAAGGCAUCUAUGAAAAAUUUGCAAAUGCUUUCUCAGAGGCUGUUAAGAACAUGCAGGUUGGCAAUGGGCUUGAUGAAGGUGUCGCUCAGGGACCAUUGAUCAAUGAAGCUGCUGUUGAGAAGGUUGAGAGAUUAGUCAAAGAUGCUACCUCCAAGGGAGCUAACAUUGUUCUUGGUGGGAAGAGACACAGUCUCGGCAUGACAUUCUACGAACCUACCGUUAUUGGGAAUGCAAAUAAUGAAAUGCUCGUAUGUAGGGAGGAAGUAUUUGGUCCAGUUGCUCCUCUUUUGCGCUUUAAAACUGAAGACGAGGCUAUUCGCAUAGCAAAUGACACAAAUGCUGGUCUGGCUGCUUACAUAUUUACUCAAUGCAUACCUCGUUCAUGGCGUGUAUCAGAAGCACUUGAAUAUGGGCUUGUUGGAGUUAAUGAAGGCUUAAUAUCUACUGAGGUUGCACCAUUUGGAGGUGUCAAGCAGUCUGGCCUUGGACGAGAAGGCUCCAAAUAUGGCAUGGAUGAAUAUAUGGAGCUCAAAUAUGUGUGCUUUGGAAACAUUUAGGAGCUUUGAAAUAAGACUAAUCUCGUUGAUGGUAACUAUCAGUCUGAAGGAUCAAAUUAUGGAGAGAUUUGUCUUUUAUGGAGCUGAGCAUAAGGUUUUUACUUCAGUGCAACCCCAAUCCAUUUUUUCCCAUAUUUUCUCCAUCCUUUCCUUUUUAUGUUAAAAACAUUUCUGUGCUUAUAUAUAUAUAUAUAUUAGAGCCUGUAAUUGUAUGAAUAAGAAAUAGUGAAAUGGAGGAUCUAUUUGGGUA